AUGGAUCCAGCAAGUAUCUCCGGCCUGGCUGAGUUUGUUUCGCAAGCCACCACACGCAUGGACAGGCAAGAUGAACAGAUGACCACCACCAGUCGCGCUAUCCAAGCGUUGGUCACACAGGUGUCUGAACUCACCACACAGCUGCAGCAUCUUCAUACUGCUGGUGUCCAACAGCCUGUUGCAGCAAACAUCAGUCCACCUGUUGUGUCCGCAUCUGAUCAAGCUGCUCGAUCUUCCGAGCCUCGCCUCCCACCUCCGGCCUUCUACUCCGGAGAACCGGAGUUGUGUCGUGCCUUUUUAGCGAAGUGCUCGCUGUACUUUUCCUUGCAGCCUUCCUCAUUUUCCACGGAGGAGUCAAAAGUGGCGUUCGUCAUCACGCUUCUCACCGGGAGAGCAGCGCUAUGGGGAACCGCUGUGUGGGAGAAGAAACUGCCAUGUUGUUCUUCAUUUAAAGCCUUUUCAGAGGAACUCAAGAAGGUUUUCGAUCGAGCCGUGGCGGGCAGAGAGGCGGCCCGGAUGCUCACGGAGUUGCAACAGGGGCAGCGGAGUGUUGCUGAUUACUCCAUUGAGUUCCGCACCCUGGCGGCGGAGAGUGAGUGGAACGCUCAGGCGCAAUGGGACGUCUUUCUUCACGGGUUGGCGGAUCGCAUAAAGGACGAGAUCUUUGCUUUGGAUCUUCCUAAAACCCUGGAUGGGCUUAUUGAUCUAGCCAUUCGCGUGGACUCUCGUCUUCAGCUCCGGGAGAGACACACGCGACACACAUACGCUCUGGAGAAUUCCCCUCUUCCGGCUGCCACUGUAUUUCCGGGGUUGGUGGACACGCCCCUCUCGGAACCUGAACCCAUGCAGAUGGGCCGCUCUAGGCUGUCGCUGGAGGAGAAACGCAGACGCCGCAGCGAGGGCCUGUGUAUGUACUGCGCUGGUGCGGGUCACAUCGCGGCGCAUUGUCCCGUAAAAGCCAGAGCCCGUCAUAAGUCUCGAGCUGCUUCUCUUCCUCCACAUCGUCCCAAUGACUGUGCUAUAGAGUUAUUGCCAGGUACGUCUCCGCCUAAAAGCAAACUUUAUUCGCUCUCCGCUCCAGAGAGGGAGGCCAUGGAGAAAUAUAUUUCUGAUUCUCUAGCAGCUAAGAUCAUCCGUCCUUCUUCAUCACCAGCAGGGGCGGGAUUUUUUUUUGUGAAAAAGAAAGAUGGCUCCCUCCGUCCUUGUAUAGACUACCGAGGGCUGAACGCUAUCACGGUGAAGAAUACAUAUCCUUUGCCGCUGAUGUCUUCUGCCUUUGAACGUCUGCAGGGGGCGUCCUUUUUUACAAAAUUAGAUCUCCGCAACGCUUACCAUUUGGUCCGUAUUCGAGAGGGCGAUGAAUGGAAGACUGCUUUUAAUACCCCCAGGGGGCACUUUGAGUAUUGCUUCCUUCCUUUCGGUCUGUCCAACGCCCCUGCAGUCUUCCAAGCACUCGUGAAUGAUGUGUUGAGAGAUAUGCUAGAUCAGUUCAUUUAUGUUUACCUGGAUGACAUACUGAUAUUUUCCCAUUCUCUCCAGGAGCAUAUUCAACACGUCAGGCGAGUGCUUCAGAGGCUGCUAGAGAAUGGGCUUUAUGUCAAGGCGGAGAAAUGCGUAUUUCAUGCACAGUCUGUUCCGUUUCUGGGACAUAUCGUGUCGGUCGAGGGGAUGCGCAUGGAUCCAGAGAAAGUUCAGGCUGUGGUAAAUUGGCCAACCCCGGACUCCCGCAAGGCCCUGCAGAAGUUUCUUGGUUUUGCCAAUUUUUACCGGCGUUUUAUUCGCAACUUCAGCCAGCUCGCCGCACCUCUGACUGCCUUAACCUCCACCAAGACUCCGUUCAGGUGGUCCAAUGCAGCACAAGUUGCGUUCGACCGACUGAAAAGCUGCUUUGUUUCAGCCCCCAUUCUCAUUGCCCCUGAUCCAUCACGGCAGUUCGUGGUGGAGGUUGACGCAUCAGAGGUGGGGGUCGGUGCUAUCCUGUCCCAGCGCUCUUCCUCGGACGGCAAGAUGCAUCCCUGCGCGUAUUUUUCACAUCGUCUAAACAAUGCAGAACGAAAUUAUGAUAUUGGUAAUAGAGAGCUGCUGGCUGUCAAGCUUGCGUUGGAAGAGUGGCGUCAUUGGCUAGAGGGUUCGGGGGUUCCCUUUAUCAUUUGGACCGAUCAUAAAAAUCUGGAGUAUAUCCAAUCCGCCAAAAGAUUGAACUCUAGGCAGGCAAGGUGGGCAUUAUUUUUCGGACGUUUCGAUUUUUCCAUCUCGUACCGACCAGGUUCUAAGAAUGUUAAGCCUGACGCACUGUCUCGAAUUUUUGAUCACUCCGAGCAUGCAUCACCUCCUGAAUCCAUCGUGCCACGCAGACUUUUUAUCUCUGCUGUCACCUGGGAGAUCGAGUCGAGGGUCCGCAUGGCCUUAGAAGGGGUAACGCCUCCGCCCGGAUGCCCACCGAGUCAUUUAUUUGUGCCAGAGGAAUUACGGUCUGAUGUCAUCCGUUGGGGUCACUCUUCCAAGUUGGCCUGUCAUCCGGGGAUUCCCUCGAUGUUCGUUGAAAUCUUCGUGGUUUCCUGUGGUAUCCUUUGA